AUGCCAAAGGCAUACUUUGUCAACAAACGCGAAGCUGCCCGAGCUUUCAACUCGGACGAUGACGAUGACGACGAUGACCAACUCGAACAGCUCGAUCUCGAAGCCACCUAUCAAAAGGACAUGGUCCUAUUCUGUAUCGAUGCCGGCCCCUCUAUGCACCGAAUCGACCCUACCGCCAACACUUCCCCUCUCUACUUCGCACUUAAAGCAGCCGCCUCCCUCAUGCAAAAGAAACUCAUUUCGUCACCACACGACCAUGUCGGCCUCCUCAUCUUUAACUGCGCCGAAACUCUCUUCCGCUCUGCCAAACCAGGCGAAUACUACAAGGGAAGCUACGAACUCCAGUCCGUUCGCCAAGUCAACGUUCCCGAUACAUACAAUUUGAAAGCGCUGCUGCACGAGGCGGAGCACGACCCGAAGCAUUUGCAGACGAUCUUACCUCCAGCGGAGAAACAGAUGCGGAUUGAUUGGGCUCUAGCCAACGCGGGGGUGGCGAUGGUAGCAGCUCCUAAUGCCGGGAGUAAAAGGGUGUUUUGGAUCACGGACAAUGAUGAUCCGCAUCCGAUGAGUGUUGAUCCGAAAGCGACCAAGGCGAGGCGGGCGUGUUUGGAUAAGAUGGACGAGUUUAGCAAGAUUGGGGUUAGGAUUGAACCCUUUUUUAUCAAUCCGAAUCAGCCUGCUUUCACGGGUGCAUCGCAGGCAUCGGGGAGCGAUUUGACGAGGGGUUUUGAGAUCAAUAAGUUCUACGCAGAUGUGUUCUCGCAUUACGAUAAUGAUUUGGAGGACGACGAGGACAGCGCGUAUCCGAGGAGAUUGCCGAAAGCGUUUGGAAGGACAGCAGCGGAGCAAUUGAAGGGCCAAGAGGUGAAGCGCAGUCUUUGGGAUUCAGCUGUCAGGUUUCAGGAACUGGAGAAUGACAUUGCGACAAGGGAGACGCCGAAGCGUGUUGUAUUUAACAUUCGGUUUGAGCUUGCUGCUCUUGAUCCCCCGCCCGCGCCGUCGACAGAAGGAAGCGAAGCCAACGGCGAGGGCGCCAAGUUGCCACAAGCACGGUCACGAGGCCGCAAAUGGCAAAUCGGAGUCAAAGGCUACAGUCUCGUUUGCAAAACCAUGAAAGGCAACCCUGUCAAAGUCAUCGUCGACGACGACUGUGGCGAACUCAAAGAAGUCGUCACGCACCAGCACUACAUUGAUGUCAACUCAGGCCAGCCUCUCUCAAAAGAGCAAGUGAUUCCAGCGUUUCAAUUCGGUACCUCUUCCAGCUUGCGCGGACAGGUGACCUUCACUCCGCAAGAGUUGAGGAGUAUCAAAACGUUUGGUAUGCUGCCUUGCCUCAAGCUCAUCGGGUUUAGGGAUAAAGACGAACUGCUCAAAUUCGAAUGGAACGUCAAACAUGCGUACUUUAUCUACCCUUCGGAUAUCGAGUGGAAGGGCAGUAGAAAGACUUUCACUGCACUCUUGCAGUCAAUGGUGAAGAAGGGAAAAGUUGGGUUAGGCUUGUUUAUGCCGAGACAGAACGUUGUGCCUGUGUUUGUAGCCAUUGUGCCUCAGGAAGAGGAACUCGACGAAGAAGGACAGCAGCUUGUCGCGCCAGGGAUGCACAUCAUCACUCUACCCUACGCGGAUGAUGUGAGGGACAUCCCCACCAAUCUACUGCACACGGAAGACGCCAACUACACACAAAUCGAUAAAGCAAUCGCCUUCAUCGAACGCUAUCAAAAGAAACAACCCUUCAAUCCAGACCACUACCCUAACCCUUCCCUCAAUCAUCAUUACAAAGUGCUCAUGGCGACCGCUUUUCAAGAGCCUCUUCCCGAAACGCCGACCGAUCUUACGGUACCGCAGUAUGGAACGAUCCGGAAGAGGACAGCUCAUUUGAUUCAGGCUUGGCAUGACGAAAUCAAUGGUGAUCCAAGGCUCAGUAUGGUUAGUGCCGCAGCAAGUAAGCAGCCGAAAACGAGUACAAGUGUUAGGAAGACGAGUUUCGAAGAUGAUACAGAGAUCAUGGGGCUGUGGGAGAAAGGCAAGCUGAGUGCGUAUACCGUGGAAGAGUUGAAGUCGGUUUGUGAGUUCUACAGGUUGGAUAAGAAGGGGAGGAAAGGGGAUCUGUUGGUGCGGAUUGAUGAACAUAUACGUAAGAUGAGCAAGUGA